AUGGUCGCUUCCACCAAAGUCCUCCCUGAGGGAGCCGGCUGGGCCGUCAUCGGCGGCCUUGGUUUCUUCUUUGCCGGAUUCAUGAUAGUCCUCUCUUUUAUCCAGCAACGAUACACCAACCGCUCUAUCAAGGACACCGACGAGUUCGCCUCAGCCUCUCGCUCCGUCAAGCCGGGCCUCAUCGCCGCCGGCAUCUGCUCCGCUUGGACAUGGUCUUCGACAUUGCUCCAGUCUAGCGCUGUAUCGUAUAAGUUCGGUAUCACGGGAGGCUACUGGUAUGCCGCCGGCGCCACGAUCCAGAUCCUACUAUGCUCCAUCAUGGCAUGCCAGAUCAAGCUCAACGCACCGUUCUGCAGUACCUUCCUCGAGGUGCUCAGGGUGCGCUGGGGCAAGGUGCUGCAUUGCGUCCUCCUCUUCUUCUCUCUUGCCACCAACCUACUUGUCUCGUCGCAACUCGUAGUGGGCGGCUCCGCAGUUGCCAGCACCCUCACGGGUAUCCCGAUCAUGGCCGCCAUCUGGCUCAUCCCCCUCGGAGUCUCGGUGUACGUCCUCGUCGGAGGCAUGCGUGCCACGCUUCUGGCAGACUACACGCACACCGUCGGCCUGCUCGUCAUCAUCUUCUACUUCUUCUUCAAAGUCUGGGUCACCUCCCCCGAGAUCGGCAGCGUCGAAGAGAUGGUCAAGCUCCUCAAGACAUCCAACGGCAUCCAAGGCAACGCCGGCGGUAGUCCUCUAACCUUCAGGUCGUUAGAAGGUUUUAUCUUCGGACUUAUUAAUAUAAUCGGGAACCUAGGAACGGUGUUCUGCGAUCAGAGCUACCAUCAGCGCUCGAUUGCCUCGAAUCCGGCGACGGCGGCCAAGGCAUUCCUUCUGGGAGGUUCGGCGUGGUUUGCGAUCCCUUUCCUGUUCUCGAUGACCAUGGGUUUGAGCGCAAGAGGCCUGCUUUUCUCGGGCAAUCCUCUCAUGCCCGCGCUCUCUGCAGCGGACGUCAACGCGGGCCUUGCUGCUCCUGCCGCAGGAGUGGCUCUCGCCGGAAAGGGAGGCGCUGUAGCGAUGCUCAUCAUCCUCUUCCUGGCGGUCACUUCGGCGUCGUCUGCGCAGCAGGUAGCAGUGGCCUCGGUCCUGACGUUUGACGUGUACAAGCCUUACAUCCGCCCCAAUGCGUCGCAGCGAGAGAUCUUCAUCAUGAGCCACGUCGGUGUGCUCAUCUGGGCGAUCGUCAUGGCGGUGUUCGGAACCAUCUUCUACUAUGCCGGAAUCUCGCUCGGAUGGCUCUACCUGGCGCAGGGCAUCAUCAUUGCGCCUGCCGUCAUGCCUAUCUUCUGCGGACUGGUCUGGAAGCGAACCAACAAGAUGGCAUGCCUGGCCGGCAUGAUCGUCGGUGUCGUCUGCGGCAUUGUCGCUUGGAUGGUGACCGCAGCCACGCUUUACGGCGAAGUCACCGUCGACACGACUGGAAAGGACUAUCCGACGCUGGCGGGCAACAUGGUCUCCCUCGGAGUGUCUUCGAUCAUCACCGUCGCUGGAAGCCUGCUGUGGCCCGAGAUCGAGGACCACUUUGUGCUGACGCGAAGCAUCAACGCGCCCGUCGACGUCGUAGAGCGCAUGACCGCCAACUCUGGACGUUCCUCGCCUGGCUCGCCCUCGACUCCUUCGGCGGAAAAGUCGCAGUACGACAGCGAAAAGAUGGCACCGCCGACUGCGACGGUGCCCUAUACCCUCGAGACGGUCGACUACGUCAAGGCGGCAGGACUGGAUGCCGACGAGCUGAGGCGAACGCUGCGACAGACGAGCUGGAUCAGCGUUGCCGCCUCGCUGAUUCUCUGCGUGAUCAUUCCGGCGUGCCUGGCGUCGCGAAGGAUCUGGAACGCGACGGGUCUGGCGGCGUACAUUUGGAUUGGAUUCAUCUGGCUCGUCUGGACGACGUUUGCCGUGGGUAUUCUGCCCAUCUGGGAGUCGCGCCGCGAGCUUGGCGCCAUCCUUCGAGGCGUGGGCAAAGACCUGACCGGCAAGAACGGCAAGGUUUCGCAUGAUGCCGAUUCUGCCAAGUCUUAG